AUGCUGCACGGGCUGGCCAAAGCCGCGGCGUUGGCGGCGCUCUCGCUCACCCCCACGGCGCUUGCCGCGUUCACCCCCAACGCCUAUUUCAAUGUCAGUUUGAACGCAGACUCUCCAGCAAUCCAGUACGGCCCGGAUGCCCUUGACCAACGCUUCAACGGGUCGUACUGGUACAUGCAGUACACCAAUUCGUCAUGGGACUCGUACCAGAUCAAUGAGGUUGGCCAAGGUACGGCUCAGGCCGUCGCCAACCCCCCUGGAAACACCAGCGUGAACCAGUAUCCAAUCGUUGCCAUCCCCUUCACUGGUACUGCCAUUUACCUGUGGGGAACCGCCAUCCCGGACUCGACAACUGUCAAGGCGCCACUGUUGUUCUGGGUCGACAACCAGUCGCCGACCAACGUCCCCGGCAAUGGCGUCAACGAAUCAAUCUUUACAUACCAAGAAGGCUUGGACUGGGGCAACCACAUCGCCUACCUUGGGAUCGUCGCCGGAACAUUGCUGUUCGAAGGAGUCACCUACACAACGGCCGCGUUGACCACUGUCUCUGAUGCCGAGCAAGUCUUCGGAGACAUUCACCCACUCAUCGUCGGCAACUCGCUCAACACGGACAUCUUUGCCUACGCUGGCAACUGGACCGUUCAGACUGAGGUCGGAGGCGGAGGUGAUCAGACCGCCUACCCCUACAGCACGGCCAUUGGCACAAACGGCGCCAUUCUGCGGUUCAACGUGCCCCUCAAUACCUCGUACAUUAUGAUCAACGGCACCGUCGGGCCUGACCUCGGACUCAUCGACUUCAAGGUGGAGCCCACGCCUGUUUAUUCUCAGGUCUCCGUCAUGAACCAGUACGACCCGUGGAUCCAAUCCGCCAGGCUGUACUACGUUCCCCUCGACCCCACGCUCGAGUACAACGUGACAAUCUUCUCCGACACCGUUGGCUCUGGCUUGACGGCGAUGAACAAUGACAAGAUUAGUCUCUACUCGGUCGAUUUUUUCAACUAUAACCAGGGUGGUCGCUCGGACAACAGCAACAACGGUACCUCGACUGGAGGUUUGGGCAUUAGCAGUGGCACCAACGGAACCGAUGCUACUGGUAACAGCACUACGACCGGAGGAGACGCAGCGUCAUCGACCGCUGCCGUUACCAAGAAGAGCAGCAACACGGGCGCCAUUGCUGGCGGUGUUGUUGGCGGUGUCGUUGCCCUCGCGGCAAUCGCGGCAGCCCUCUUCUUCUUCUGCCGUCGUCGCUCGAAGAGCCGCGAGCAGGGGCCUGCUACUUUCGAGAUUGACGAGUCGGCCGUCACGUCUCCUUAUGUGCAACAGAACAUGUCGGCGAAGCCUAUGACCCAGCAAGUGUCCAACAACAACCCUGGCGGAUACUUCCCUCAGCAGGACUAUGCCGGCGCGCCCCUUCUCGUCGGCAAUGCUGGUCCGAUGGCCAACCGCGGCUCGGUCGGCCAGGUCUCGUCGUCCGCCGGCUACCCCACGUCCUCUGGAUACGCCUCCAGCGACAUCAUGGCCAGCAGCGCUGUUGGCGGCAUCACCCCCUCCAUGCUCAGCCCCGGUCGCGAGAGCAAUGGCUCGCACUACGCCGCUGCUGGCGCUGCAGGCGCUGCCGGAGCCGCUGCUGCUGGCGUGUAUGGUAACGAAAAGUCGCAGCCGAUGCGUGAAAUGGGCCAGACGCAGGUCGCUGCUCCGGGCGGCCCUUCGUCUGUGGGAGCCUCGCGCGCGCCCGCCCCCAUUGCCGCGGCCAUCCCGUCGCGCGUGUUCGCCCAGGAGGAGGACGCCGGAGGCGUGGAGCUCAUCCCGCCUUCGUACCGCCCCGAAUGGGCUGGCUCCUCUGCUGCGGGAUCGAGCUCGGCUGGUGUUGGUGCUGGUGCUGGUGCUGGUGCCGCUGGUGCCGCUGCUGGCGAGGUCGACGACCGCCGCCCCUCGUACGCGACCAGCACAGGCACGGGUAAUGAGGACUGGGCCACGCCUCGCGGAAGCCUGGAAAAGCGCUAG